AUGCAGUUGCCAGCGCCACCCAAACCAGCCCUCACGCAGACAAACCCGCCAUUUUGGGAACUAGCCAGACGGCCGACGAAGACGAGGCCACCGAAGCUGUUCCCUCUCCUGGCGCACGAAUUGGCCGUCCCCGGCUGCGUGCCAAACACAGCUGGCGGGCAGCAGCAUCCCAGUCCUAUCUCAGCGCGAUCGGUCGGAGGUCCAACUGCCAGCACCCCACUCGCGCUCGGCAGCAGCAGCCUCGCAGUCCUCGACCCAGAGAAAGAGGUGAGCACGCCCUGGGAGCCGCUGUACAAGCGGGUGGCGCCCAACGCCGACGAGGAGGAGCUGUCCGGCUCGAGCGACGGCAGCCCCGGUCCCCCGCCGCCGAAUCCGCAUGUUCCCCGUAACAUUAGGGAAGGCUGGGGGGACGCACUGCUCUUGGAUGUGAUGGACCAUCACAGGAAAUCGGUGGCCCAUUGGACGGAGAUCUUGCGGAGCAGCCAGGUGGAUCAUGGUCGCGGCGGGAGGGACAGUGGCGGCGAGGCGGAGGAAUCGUCGGAUGCGAUGAGCGUGGAUGAGGAGGACUGGGAGUCCGAGACCGAGGACGAGGGAGACAUAGCGGUGGUGGAUCGGUUGGAGGGCACCGGAUGGGUGCUUCUGGUGGGAGCUAAUGACCGGGCAUAA